AUGAAUGCUCGAUUAUUCUUAUUAUACUUCGUUGCGGCGGCGUCAUGUCAAUCUUCUGCAAAUCGAUUUCGUCGAGCCACUAACAGCUCUUCUAGCGGUUAUGGCUUCGUAGAUCCUCUCAUCGGCACUCGUAACGGCGGUCAUGUAUUCGCCGGAGCGACUCUACCAUUUGGCAUGGCCAAACCUGUCCCGGAUGUCACAAGUGACAAUCAGGGAGGAUAUGCUUCGAACGGAAGCCCGGUUACUGGCUUCUCUCACAUGCAUGAUUCCGGAACUGGCGGCGCCUCAUCUCUAGCCAACUUCCCGAUCUUCGUUUAUCCAGGUUGUACCAACGAUACCGUAGAUGGUUGCGUUUUUCCGAAGACCCAACGAAGCGUCGAGGUUGUCGAUGGAAGUGUUUCCGCUCGUCCUGGCUACUUCUCUAUUGAUCUCGAGUCUGGAAUCCGAGCAGAAAUCACGGCUUCCAACCGCACGGCACUUUACAAGUUCACUUUCUUCGGCAACGCUACAGGAAAUGCCACUGUGAACGCCCCCCUCAGCCCAUUGUUCAUCGCGGACCUGACGGAUCUCCCGGACACGCGUCAGAAUGGCAGUGCGUCUGUAGAUCCAGACACUGGCCGAAUGACGGGAAACGGCACUUUUAAUCCUAGCUUUGGAACUGGGACAUACAAUCUGCAUUUCUGUGCCGACUUUCUUCAGGGCAAUUCGAUCCGCGAAACUGGUGUGUUUGUUAACAAUAGGGCUGGUAGCGAACCGAAAAGUAUCGUUGUAGGGAAGGACAAUAACUCUCCUCCUCUACCUGCUGGGACCUACACUUGGUUCGACAAGGUUGAAGAGGGCACCGCAAUCACAGUUCGGGUCGGGCUUUCGUUCAAGAGCGUCGAUCAAGCUUGCAACAAUGCACAGACAGAAAUUCCGGACUUCGACUUUUCAAAGACCUUGGCUACCGCAGAAGAUAUCUGGAAAGAUAAACUCUCGGUCCUAAGCAUCGAUACGACCGGCUUUGAGGAUACCUCCCUGCAAACCAUUUUCUGGAGUGGUGUAUACAGAGCAAUGCUCAGCCCUCAAGAUUACACUGGCGAGAAUUAUUUAUGGGAAAGCGACGAGCCUUAUUACGAUUCAUGGUACUGUAUAUGGGACAGUUUUCGAUCGAUACAUUCCUUCAUCACACUGGUGGACCCUUAUUCGCAGACACUCAUGAUCCGUUCUCUGAUCGAUAUCUAUCGCCACGAAGGAUGGUUACCUGACUGCAGAAUGUCUCUAUGCAAAGGAUGGACACAGGGUGGAUCUAAUGCUGACAUAGUGUUAGCCGAUGCGUAUUUGAAGAACAUUACACAGGAUGUCGACUGGGAGACCGGAUACGAGGCUUUGAUAAAGGAUGCAGAGGACGAGCCUCCUGUGUGGGAUUACGAGGGUCGUGGCGGGUUAAAUAGUUGGAAGAAUUACGGUUAUAUCCCUGCCGACGAUUAUGAUACACUUGGGCAAGGCCUUUUCACGCGAAGCAUUUCUCGGACCGUCGAGUAUGCCUACAACGACUUUUGCAUCUCCGAGAUAGCAAAGGCGCUAGGCAAGCAGGACGACUACGAGAAAUACACCAAGAGAUCUGGAAAUUGGAUAAACCUAUAUAAUAAGGAUCAGACAUCGGACGUCGGGGGUACAGACACUGGUUUCACUGGAUUUCUUCAACCGAAGUAUCUAAAUGGUACCUGGGGUUACCAGGAUCCGACUCUCUGCUCCUCUGUUAACUCUUUUGACUCUUGCUACCUCAACUCAGGUGGUCACGAGACGUAUGAGGGUAGUCCUUGGCUCUACACUUUCUUCGCACCUCACGACAUGGCAAGUUUGAUCACUACUCUCGGCGGCCCCGACACAUUCGUCAGCCGUCUAGACUACCUCCACGAGAGCGGUAUCCUCUAUGUCGGCGAUGAACAAGCGUUCCUUACUGUAUUCCAAUAUCAUUAUGCGGGUCGUCCUGGAAAAUCCGUUGAGCGCGUUCACUAUUAUAUACCCAGCCAGUUCAAUACUACGACGGCAGGCAUUCCGGGAAAUGACGACUCAGGCGCCAUGGGCUCUUUCGUUGCGCUAGCCAUGCUGGGUAUAUUCCCAAAUCCUGGGCAAGAUGUCUAUUUUAUCACGGCCCCUUUCUUCCCGUCUAUAUCGAUCACCAACCGAAUGACGGGGAAUACGGCGACCAUCAAAACAAUCAACUUCGAUACUGCCUAUAAGAAUAUAUAUGUCCAGAGUGCCAAGCUAGACGGGGAAGAUUACACGAAGAGCUAUCUCACACACAGCUUCUUCCUUAACGGAGGCACGCUGGAACUCACGCUAGGCGAGAAAGAGAGUACGACAUGGGGUACAGGAGAAGGAGAUUUGCCACCGAGCCUCCAGCAAUCCUAA